UACAUAUAAAAAUAAUCUAAUUUGCGACAGAUCCGAAGGAAGAAAUCGAAGGAUGGCGAAGCUGGUGUUCUUCACCGUAGUUGUUAUCACCAUUUGCUCCUUUGGAGUCUCCGUUGAUGACAAAUGUGCUGCUUGCAACGCCGUCGCGGAGGAACUGGAGUCACAGCUUUUGAAGGAAAAACCACGAAACCAUCUUGAUUUGAGAAACCGACUCAAUUCUAAAGGCCAGCGUGAAGGAAAGGUUAUUGAUUAUAGAAUGAGUGACCUGAGGGUGGUUGAUUUGUUGGACGGGCUGUGUGAUAGAAUGCAGGACUAUACUCUACAAAAGGUGAAAUCUAAAAAUAGUGAAUGGGUCAAAGUGGAAAGUUUUGACAAUCUAACAAAUAAACAAGAAGCUAAAGCGCAUGCCAAUGACAUUUCAACUUAUUGCGGAAGAUUGCUGGAGGAAACGGAAGAUGAGCUUGCUGAGGUAAUAAAGAAUGGAUCGUUAAAAGUAGGAGAUGCGCGCAAGGUUCUGUGUCAAACUUUAAGUAAUCACUGCAGCAAAUCAAGUGAAACAGAUUCAGAAGAUGAGGACGCCGAUGACGAUGCAGAUGAAUUAUAGCUCAUUCCGGGGAAAUGUCAUCACUUUUUUUACCAACAAGGUCCGACUACAAAGACAUUUUUUUACGACUCAUUUGUAGCUUAUACACCUUUUUCAGCCUUUAUGUUCCAUCGAUGAUCCGUUCUAGAAAACUUAUUCAGACUGUGACAGCGUUCUGUUUUAGAGAUUUUUUUUCUCAAAGACA